UUGAUUCGCUCUAUCAAUUCUCUUUUCCCUGCUUUUUUCCUCUUAAUCAUUUUGGUUUUCAAUUCUCAGAAUUGCUCGCGCUCUGAUUUUUCCCCCCUUUCUUGGAGUUGGGAGUUGGCUUCUUGCUAUUCUAUCUCCGCCAUAUCCCUCAGUCGAUCUUACUUGGCUUUUGGUAUCUCAGACACUGAAUGAAUGGGAGCAGUGGUUGUCUUGGUUGCCAUAAAAAACCAACGGUUAUUAGCACAGUUGAUAUGCCAUCAAAAGGGUUGGCAAUGCAAGGUAAGGCUUUGAAGAAAGCCAGUACAUCAGAGGAUUUCUGGACCACAAGCACACAUGACAUGGACAAUAGUGCUGUUCUGUCACAAGGAAGCAUCUCAUCAACCAGUGCGACAAACCAAGCGCUAGAUCCUCAUGGUGCUUCUAGCAAAAUCAGUAAUCCUGCUGAAUUUGUAAAUCACGGUCAUAUUCUUUGGACUCGGACUCGGCAACGUUGGGUAAGAAAUAAUAGAUCUCACAAUCAGAACCAAACCAAACGGCAACUGGAUCCUAAAUUAAGUUGGAAUGCAACGUAUGAAAGUUUACUUGGGAGCAACAAGCCAUUCUCUCAGCCAAUCCCUCUUUCUGAAAUGGUAGAUUUUCUGGUGGACGUCUGGGAACAGGAUGGCCUAUAUGACUGAGGCAUCAAAGAGUAGGGGAUUGUUGUUUCCUGUUUGGUUAGAGUAGCUAUAGUAAAUUUCACUUUCUUGCUUCUGUAGAAAGAGAAGUUUGGGCAACCUCCACAAAAUUAUAUUUAUACCUGAUUUAAUUGAUGACAGGAGGCAAGUUUUCUUUCAUA